AUGACACCGUUGUCCCCGACGCCUCCAUGAACGUGUCAGGCUUGCUAUUUUUUUUACCCCUCCUGCCAGUCAGACCAAGCUGCCUCAUGCAGGGGGUUGUCAAGCUGACCAAUGGCUUCAGCCACGAAUGACAAGAACUUGAUCCCGAGCUAAUAAUCUCCCAUGUUCGGGGAGCCCGGUACUGUUGCAAUUCGAUCCCAACGGUUUGGGAGUUUGGGAGGGCAGGAGGCGCUCCGAGGGACUUUUAAGACGGUUCCUUAUACCAUUGCUCGGGCAGCGCACCCGAACUGCAUUCCUUCGCCUCCAUUGACAACAACUCUUCCUCCGUCACUUCUAAUUCAAUUUUUUUUCGGGCCAAUCUCCCCAUUAUGGUAUGACCAGCUUGGUCCUCCCUAUCUAGGUCCCACGGCAGCCAACAUGGCUGGGGAAACAGGCCCUAUCUCGGCGUCGGUGCCGGUCGAUAUGAUAAUUGCCGGCUUUUUCGCAAUCGCUUGUUAUAACUGUAUCGAUAUCCUCAUCUCGCUGCUCUAUCGAUUUAAGCGCCACGAUGGCCUCUAUUUUUGGAGCAUGGUUACGGCGACACUGGGAAUUGUGCUUCAUUCGAUAGUGGUGUUGCUGCGCUACUACAGUCUUGGGCCAAAUUUUCCGCUGGCUGUUUUGACGUGCAUCGGCUGGUACGGCAUGGUAACUGGCCAGUCUGUUGUUCUCUACUCGCGCCUCCAUCUCGUCAUUUCGGACAGAUCAAGGAUCCGCUGGGUGCUGAUUAUGAUUAUUAUCAAUUUCUGCAUCCUUCAUAUCCCAGUUACUGUCUUAUUUCUCGGCAGUAACACUCGGAGAUCCAAUCAGUUUCUUCCCGCAUUCGAUAUCUACGAGCGUAUCCAACUCGCGGGGUUCUCCAUCCAAGAGUCCAUCAUCUCCGGUCUUUAUAUAUGGGAAGCAUCCCAUGGACUGAAGCCCAUCUUCGCCAUAAAAAAGAUCGCGGCUCGCAAAGUCAUCCGACACCUCAUCAUCGUCAACAUCCUAGUUGUGUUUCUUGACAUAAGCCUCAUCAUCACUCAGUAUCUGGAUCACUUCCAGAUUGCAACGACAUACAAGCCGGUGGUUUACAGCAUCAAGCUUAAGAUGGAAUUCGUGGUGCUUAACAGGCUGCUGGUUCUCGUUCGGCAUAGGGAGUGCAACUGCAUGCAGGUUGUUGAUGAACCUUCCGGCAUUCUCCCUCAGCCAUCGUAUCUCAACAUUACCGAAUGCUGUUCGAAUGAGCCAACUCCAUCUCCCACAGGAUCCAAGGACAACGGGAUUCGGCUACAUCAUAUUUUGACCCGCUGAUGUUCCCCCACGGCCAACUAGUCGCAGUCGUCCUCGACCAUCUUAAUUCGCAUUGUUUGAUCGAAUCUGUACUGAGGAA